AUGUCGACCAAACUUCCAUCCAUUGAAUCGUCACUACCAACCUACAAUGAGCUCUUCUACGACGGCAAAUGGCAACCGCCUAUCUCCGCCCACUACCAGGAGACAUAUAACCCAGGCAAUGGCAAAGUCAUCACCGAGAUCGCCCAAGCCGGCGAAGAAGAUGUCAACGCUGCGGUCCUGGCAGCCGAUAAAGCUUUCCAAGCGUACAAAUUGAUGCCAGGAGCACAGAGGGCCGGCCUUCUCAGGAAAGCUGCCAAUGUAAUGCGAGAGCACGCGGCCGAGCUGGCCCUUCUCGAUGCUUUGGACACUGGCAACCCCAUUGCUGAGAUGCUCUCUGAUGCUAAUGUUGCAGCGGCUUUUAUGGACUACUUCGCCGGCCUGAUUCCGAUGCUCAAAGGCGAGACGAUUCCACAGGCGGACGACACCUUUCACUACACUUUACGAGAACCUCUUGGAGUCGUUGGCAGGAUCGUAGCUUACAACCAUCCUGUAAUGUUUGCUGGCGGGAAGAUGGCUGCUCCUCUGGCUGCUGGCAAUACUGUUAUCAUCAAGCCACCGGACCAGGCGCCACUUUCGUGUCUGCGACUUGCAGAGCUUAUUGGCGAUAUCUUCCCACCAGGUGUUGUGAAUGUAUUGCCAGGUGGAGUCGAGUGCGGUAAAGCGCUGUCAUCACACAGACUCGUCCGCAAGAUUACUCUGAUUGGCAGUAUACCCACCGGCAAAGCGAUCGCUCGAGCUGCUGCCGAUACCUUGAAGCAGACACUCUUUGAACUUGGAGGCAAGAACGCACUUAUUGCGUAUCCCGAUGCGGACCUCGAAAAACUCACAGUAGGCAUCGGGCGAGGCAUGAACUUCACAUGGGCAGGUCAAUCGUGUGGAUCCACAUCACGAGUGUUCCUACACGAGUCCAUUCACGACCAAGUCCUCGACAAAGUCGUGGAAUACGUGAAGAAAGAGUUCACACCAGGCAUCCCCACCAAAAUGUCCACCACAAUGGGACCUGUCAUCACCCAAGCCGCACAGGAACGGAUUCUGAAGUACAUCGAAUCCGGCAAGCAAGAAGGCGCCAAACUGCUCAUUGGCGGCAAAGCUCCAACGGGGAUCAAAGACAUCGAAGGCGGCUACUUCAUCGAGCCCACCAUCUUCGCCAACGUCAACGCAGACAUGAAGAUCGCGAGAGAAGAAAUCUUCGGACCGGUGAUGUCGGUGUUCAAAUGGAAAGACGAGGAAGAGCUCUACCGCCAGGUUAAUGCUACCGAGUAUGGACUGACGGCUUCGAUCUUCACCAAGGAUAUUACGACUGCGCAGAAGGCUGUCAAGAGGGUGGAGUCGGGGUAUGUUUGGGUCAAUCAGGUUGGGCGGCAUUUCCUGGGCGUGCCGUUUGGAGGGUACAAGGAAUCUGGUGGAGGCCGUGAGGAGUCUUUGGACGAGCUGUUGUCUUUUACUCAGACUAAGAGUGUGAACAUUAGUCUUGCGUAA